AUGGCAGAGAUCGAGGAGAGUCUGCGCAAGAGUCAGGCGAUCAUUCAUGGGUUGCAGGCGAACCUCAGUCUUCACGACCCGCAGCACCCGCACCAUCCGCACGAGGAGGGGCAGCAUCAGGAGCCUGCAGGUUGUGUGGACCAGUACAGCACGGCGCACCGGAUUUUGGGGCAGCAGCUGAGUCCGGAUUUAGCGGAGAUGAAAGCGACUAGAUUUUUAGUUUUUGACCGGCAAGGUCGUUGCCUUGGCAAUGUGGACCCGCCGCUCUGUAUGGAACUCCAAAAGGGCGAACCUCCAGUACCCGCCCGGUCCGGGCUGGGGUUGACAGUGGAGGCAGGCAACGGGGGUCGAGCUCCGGGAUCUGCCCUCCCGGCUGCCCAGGCCACCAAAGCCAAAGCCGAGACACAGACGCUGUCACUGCACGACAGGAAGCCGACGUUGCCAAAACCAGCCGCUGCAGGCAAGGGGUCGGGAGCUGUAUCGGGUGCGACGUCGAGUGUGGGUGACGACGACUUCGACACGGCCUUGAUAAAGGCCAUCACGGCGUUGAUGGAGGACGCGAAGAAACGAAGAAGUCCGUCUUCCUCCGCGUCCUCGUCCUCUUCCUCAAACUCCACCUCCUCUUCCGAGAGUUCUCUCAACCGAGGACGUGACCGGGGGCGGGGGGGACGUGACCGGGGACGGGGCGAGGCGGAGGUAGAGGUGGAUAGUUUGGGUCGUCGGGAGCGGCGACAAAAGACACUACGGUUGGAAAGGGAUUCAAGUGGGGAAGAAGAGAAGGGCGGGAGGGUUAUGGACAAGGGAGGGGCGGCAGUGCGCCGUAAGAAGUUCCGGGAGCGGGUGCCAUUGGAGGCAUUGGAUGAUGAGUUGGCUGAGGAUCUGGAUGUGGAAUAUCCGGGUAUAAGUGCAUUAGCCAUGAACUCAUUGGGACGGGGUGCGUAUGGAGAGAGUCAGUGGAACAAGUUGGAACGUCGGAUCCGUCGUCUGACAUAUCAGGCGGCAAUGAAUCAGCGCGUAAGUGCGGCUUACGUGGACGACUUUGUCUGGGACGAAGAGGCACCUAAAAUGGGUCCGGUGGACCUACCUUCGAUAUCGGAAGUGGUUGGGAACGCAGAUGUCGGUGGCCCCCGGUUGCUUAAGGCCAGUGCAUGGAAGGAGAGCGACGGACUACCACGCAAACUACACGGUGGCGGCGGGCUACAACGACCUCGACACAACAAGUUUUUGUCCACCGCAGAACUCGCCUACUAUCACAGCCAACUCUCCGACGAAGACCAACUCAACUUAGUCUCCGUGCUACUCGCUUGUCGGAAACUUGAGAAGACACUAGACGAUCAAAACACAGUCAUAGACAUGCUACAAAGAGAUCUUGAACAAACACGCAAAACCACAUUUGAUGUCCCCGACAAUCUCACAGCCGACCAAUUCAUCAACCUUCUCGACCUCGAUGGACCUGUACCAUCAGACUACUUCCAACUACCCGAAUGCACUUCCGCUUUCUACUCACGACUCCACUCAGACCCUGCUUCCGUCCUCUCCCGAUCCGCCGCCGCUGACACUGAACAACGACUCAAGGAUGCCAUGCGACAAGCGGUGUUAAAACCAGUGCAUUCUCCACAGAUCAUACACAGAAUCGUCGAAGACGUACUAGGCAACAAGAAGGCGCAGUGGCAAGUCGGUCCCCCCGCCAAAACCGUUGCGAAAACCACCACGAAGACGACGGCGGAACCCAAGUCUGGGGGCGAGAAGAAACCAGGGGGCGAGAAGAAACCAGGGGGCGAGAAGAAACCAGGGGCCGAGAAGAAACCAGGGGCCGAGAAGAAACCAGGGGCCGAGAAGAAACCAGGGGCCGAGAAGAAACCAGGGGCCGAGAAGAAACCAGGGGGCGAGAAGAAACCAGGGGCCGAGAAGAAACCUGGGGCCGAGAAGAAACCUGGGGGAGCUAAAUCUGACGCGAAACUGACCGACCAGAAAAGUGGCCCGGGAAAGAAACUGUCCGUCGGUUCCGAUGCGACACCUACUAAGUCGAUCUCCGAUCUUAAAAAGUCGUUCGCGGCCGGCGACGCCAAGAAAGAGUCAUCUAAAGGGGCUCCAAAGGAAUCCUCGGUCAAAUCGGGAUCCGUUAAGUCGGCCGCUGGCAAGAUUGGUGAAACUGUCAAACCGGGAACAGCGAAACCAGGUGCUGGGAAACCUGGAGAAGCAGCCAAGCCAGGAGCGGCGAAGCCUGGGGGAGCUGCGAAACCGGGAGAAACAGCGAAGCCAGGAGCCGUGAAAUCGGGAGGAGCUGCGAAGCCGGGCGAAGCAGCGAAACCUGGAGCCGCGAAACCGGGAGAAGCAGCGAAGGCAGGCGCUGGGAAGCCCGGAGGAGCUGCGAAGCCGGGAGAAGCAGUCAAGCCAGGAACGGCGAAGCCUGGGGGAGCUGCGAAACCGGGAGAAACAGCGAAGCCAGGAGCCGCGAAACCGGGAGGAGGUGUGAAGCCGGGCGAAGCAGCUAAGGCAGGAGCUGGGAAGCCCGGAGGAGCUGCGAAACCGGGAGAAGCAGUCAAGCCAGGAGGAGCUGCGAAACCGGGAGAAGCAGUCAAGCCAGGAGGAGCUGCGAAACCGGGAGAAGCAGUCAAGCCAGGAGGAGCUGCUAAACCAGGAGAAGCAGCGAAGCCUGGAGCCGCGAAACCGGGAGAAGCAGCGAAGGCAGGUGCUGGGAAGCCCGGAGAAGCUGCGAAGCCAGGAGCCGUGAAACCGGCAGGAGCAGCGAAGGCAGGGGCUGCGAAACCGGGAGGAGCAGCGAAGCCAGGGGCUGCGAAACCGGGAGAGGACGCUAAGGCGAUUAAGAAAGAAGAGGCUAAGAAUGCUGAAAUCAAGAAGGCAGAGGCCAAGAAGGAAGAGGCUAAGAAAGCGGAGAUCAAGAAGGUCGAACCUAAGAAGGCGGAGGUCAAAAAAGCUGAGGUGAAGAAAGCUGAGGUGAAGAAAGCUGAGGUGAAGAAGGAUGAGUCUAAGAAGGCGGAGAUAAAGAAGGCUGGGGAGAAGAAGGAAGGUGCCAAGAAAGCGGAUGUCAAGAAGGAAGAUGGCAAGAAAGCUGAGGUGAAGAAAGCGGACGUCAAGAAGGCUGAGAUGAAGAAAGCUGAGGUGAAGAAGGAGGAGGCUAAAAAAGGUGAGGUGAAGAAGACAGAGGCCAAGAAAGAAGAGGCUAAGAAAGAAGAGGCUAAGAAAGUCGAAGUAAAGAAGGCAGAGGCCAAGAAGGAGGAGGCUAAGAAAGCGGAGAUCAAGAAGGUCGAAGCCAAGAAAGAAGAGGUUAGAAAGGUCGAGGCGAUGAAAGCUGCGGGAGAGAGCAAGAAGGCAGAGGUGAAGAAAGAGGAGGCUAAGAAGGGAGAGGAGAAGGGGGCGGAUGCGAAGCAGAAGAAAGUGGAGCUCAAGAAGGUUGAGAUGAAGAUGCCACCGGGCAAGGAUGGCACGAAGAAGUUGGAAGCCAAGAAGUUGGAAGCCAAGAAGUUGGAAGCCAAGAAAGGCGAAGUGAAGAAAGGUGAAGUGAAGAUGAAAAAGGAAAUGGCUCCGAAACCUGGCAAGAAGCUCGUAGCAAAGAAGAGUUGA